CAGCAGCAGCAGUGUUAGUAGUAGUACUAGCAGCAGGUCAAAGAAACUGUGUGAUUUUCAGCGAUCAGCACGAGCGUUAUUUCGCAUUCUAAUCGCACGAGAAAGGAGCUACCUGUGCGUAUAGUGUACACACGAUUGCUAUACCAUAGCAGAGCGUGAUUGCGUUAGAAUGGAAAUCUGACACGCAUGGUAUAUUUAUCGCCUGCGAGUUUCCCCCUCAAGACACACGUUAAGAAAGCAGAGUUAAUUGCGACCGUGCUAGCGUGGGAUCUUAGUGACCCAGAGAGAAUGCCCGUAAAUUCAACAAUACGGCGAAAGUGAGCUAAUCGUUCCAAUUGCCCAAUGAUCAUUAUCCUAUAAUCGGUGCAGUUAAAGUGACAACGCGAUAGUAGGCGGGACUGUCAUAGUUGGGAACGAGAUGGAGAGUGUGCCAGGUGUCACAUUUCGUGUGCGAUGCGCGCAGUAACGCCACUCCGUCCCUCAGGCUCGCCGAAAGAGACACGAUGAAAAUCUCACAACACAUUACAUCUGAUCAACGUCCCGUAAAAGAUCUUUUGCACGCGAGUGAAUAGUGCUUAUCAUAUCGAGAGAGACGCGAUCGUGUUAGGGAUACGGAACCUGUUCAGUGACAUCUAGCUGGGAGGAAGGAAAUUCCAUCAGCGGGGAGAUUGACGUGGACGCGCACCAUGUCGCAGUAUCUGGACAACCUGCGCGGCUUUGUGCUGCGGCACACGCCCUUCACCAAGGGUAGCGAAGACACCAAACCCCCCAUGCAGGACUCACUGACGCCGGAAGAUCGGAGACGAAUCAUGGAGUCAAUGAGCAACCUAAGCGCUUUCAGCUCCACGCUCAACCUGGAUGCUCUCAGCCCGGGGAGCAACGGCAAGUACUGCGGAGCGUUGCAGAGCUUGGUUCUACCCACCGAUUCCCACUCAAGCAAGAGCGAUUCGUUGGAGGAGAUGCCGCGCGGUCCGGGCCUUGCACGGGUGCUGUGCUGCUUGCGUGGCUACCAUGCCCCCGCCCUCACCCGCGCCUGGGGCAGCCCGGCCAGCAGUCGGCGCUCCGUAGAAACCCAAUCUACGACCGAUAGCGCCACCAUGAGCAUGCCGGACGAGGAAGAGCUGAACAGCAAAUUUUCCGAACUGGUGGAUGAGCUCGACUUGGCACCGCCAAACCGGGAAGCCAUGUUAAAUCUGUCUAUCGAGAAAAAAUGGCAAAUCUACUGUUCGAAAAGAAAAGAACAAGAUGAGACGAACUCGAGAAACCUUCCAGACUAUUACAUCGACAGAGUUGGUGCAUUAUCUCUGUUAUUAUUUCCACAAGACGCCCAAGAAAUACGGGUACGAACGGAGCUCGUGGAAAGUUUGAAAACAGCGCUCAGAACACAACCAAUGAGUUUUGUCAUCAGAUUCUUUCAGCUCGGUGGCCUAAGCUGCCUGCUGAACUUUCUCAGCAACAUGGACUACGAGACGAGUCAGAGCAGCAUUCACACAUCAGUAAUAGGCUGCAUCAAGGCUCUCAUGAACAACUCGCAAGGGCGGGCACAUGUACUGGCGCAUUCAGCAUGCAUCAACACCAUCGCACAGAGUCUGAGCACGGAGAGUGUGCGAACGAAGAUCGCAGUCAUGGAGAUGCUGGGAGGGUUGCUGCUCGUGCCGGGCGGUCACAGAGGAGUGCUUGACGCCAUGUACCACUACCAGGGCUACGCCUGCGAGAGGGCGCGCUUCCAGAGUUUAGUACACGAUUUGGGUCGAACCACGGGCGUAUAUAAAGAAGAGGUUAGCCUGAAGACUGCGAUAAUGUCCUUUGUCAAUGCAGCGAUCAACUAUGGACCUGGAAAGGAUUGCCUGGAAUAUCGCGUUCAUCUCCGAUAUGAGUUUUUGAUGGUUGGAAUUUAUCCUAUCCUAGAGAAACUGCAAGGGCAUGAAAACGGUGCUUUAGAUAGACACGUUUCGUUCUUCGAAAUGGUGCGACGCGAGGACGAGAGAGAGAUGGCGAGGCGGUUCGAGGACGUUCAGAUUGACAGCCUCAGCGCUACCUCGAUCUUUGAUGGCCUGCGUCGCAAGCUGUCGCACACAGCUGCUUACCCGAUCUUCCUCUCUGUUCUCCAACAUUUCCUCCUCAUGCCGCUAGACUCAAACUGUUCUCCGUACCGAUGGCAACUGAUCGAUCGCCUGGUUCAGCAAAUCGUCCUUCAAUCGCAUCAGAUGACAACAUCUGACAUAGAUGACAUGGACAAGACAUUGCACAUAAUGGAUGUCGAAGAGAAGGUAACUGGCAACAGCCACCAAAUAGAAGGAUUUCAGCGGCAGAACACGGAACUCUCGACAGAACUUAGAUGCAAGCAACAGCAACUAGAGGAAUUCUCGAUAGAGAAGGAAUCACUCUGUCAAUCAUUGGAUUUAGUGAAGGCUCUAUUAGACAGAGAAACACUUGACCACAUGGCGAGUAGACAGAAACUUUCGGAAGCGAAUUCAUUUAUAAGCAGAUCACAAGCAAUGGUGGCGGCGCCAGAACCCCCUCUUGCUGACAUCACACACACCCCACCUCCGAUCCAAGCACCGCCGCCCUCACCUCCUCCCCCAACUGCACCACCACCCCCUCCUCCUCCUCCUCCCCCUGGUCCACCACCACCACCACCGCCACCACGGCCCCCAUCAGCGUCACGACUCAUGCAAACCCCAGCAGGAUCUUCACCCGAACUGUUAAAGAUAGAAGAGCAGCAAACGCAGACGGCAGCUGCUAAAAAGAAAAACAUACCGACGCCGAACACUCCGCUGAAGUCAUUCAACUGGUCAAAGCUACACGAGACACAAGUGAAGGGAACCGUGUGGACAGAAAUAAACGAAGAGAAACUCUACAGUAAUCUUAAUCUAGUAGAAUUCGAGAGGAACUUCUCUGCAUAUCAACGGCAUGAUAGCACGUCAGAUGACUGUAAAUCGCCCAUAAGGAGAUCUAAGGAGUUGUCGGUGAUAGACGGACGAAGGGCGCAAAACUGCACGAUUAUGCUGUCCAAGCUACGCAUGACAAACCCCGAGGUCACAGCAGUCAUAAUGGACAUGGACAGGGACGAUCUAAUAUCCAAAGAUCUGUGCGAACAGAUGUUGAAAUUUGUGCCAACAUCUGAAGAGGUGGCUAUGUUAGACGAACAAAGUCAUGAGCUAGAGAGCAUGGCGAGAGCCGAUAGCUUCCUCUAUGAUAUGAGCCAUAUCGUGCACUAUGAAGACAGGCUUAAGGCGCUCUGCUACAGAAAGAAGUUUGCUGAAAGAGUUAGCGACAUACGGCCGAAGCUUGAUGGGGUACGGCAAGUGUCUAAGGAGGUGUACAGAAGCAAGCGGCUGAGGAGAAUACUGGAGCUGGUUCUAGCGUUUGGCAACUUCAUGAACCGCGGGCAGCGAGGCAACGCCGUCGGCUUUAAAAUCUCUAGUCUAAACAGGAUGGUAGACACAAAGUCGAGCCUGGACAAGAACGUUACCCUCUUGCACUACAUGGUAGAGACGAUGGAACAGCAGUUUCCUGAUUUGGUGCAAGUGUUGGAAGAGCUGCAACAUGUAAGCGUCGCAGCAAAGGUCAAUUUGGCAGAACUUGAAAAGGAGUUGUCAGUUCUACAAAGUGGACUCAAGGACUUAGAUGAGGAGGUUCACUUUCACAAAUGCGAAGGCAAAGAAGAUAAGAACAUAGCGAAACGAGACAAGUUCGUUCCUGUGAUGUCAUCCUUCACCAAGGAAGCGAGCAGCAGCUUGGCCGACCUUGACGAACGAAUGUCAAGAAGCAAACAAUGGUUUGAACGAGCGUGCAAAUUGUUUGGUGAAGAUUCUAAGAUCAUACAGCCAGACGAGUUCUAUGGCAUCCUCGACCAAUUCUUCACAAGCCUCAGAGAGGCGAAGAUGGACAACAGCAACGCGAAGCGAAAGAGAAUGGAGGAGGAGAGAAGAGCAGUAAUGGAACAGGAGCAACGGAAAAAGAAGGAGGAAGCGAGAAAGAAGCAGCGAGAGCGGUCAAUGAGUGCCGAAGCUUCGAGCUCCCGCGGUGGCAGCACUGUCGCUGGUCAACCGGAGGAGGGGGAGUUCGACAACCUGAUCUCCGUACUGCGAACGGGCGACGUGUUCGGCGACGAUCUGAUGCUGCAGCUCUCGCAGAAGCGCAGGAAGAGGAGCGGAGCUGGUACCUCCAUCCUCAAAGCCUCGGCGCUCUCCUUCAGUGGCAACAUGGAUCGUGAGCGCACCGUCGUGCUCAAUAAGGCACAGAGCUAGAGCUGCGCGCCUUCGCAAGACACGCUACGACGUCGGCACGCGCGCGCAGGCUCAGCUCUUCUCGAGAAGUAAACGUCGGUGUGAAUGCCGACUAGCUCUACCCGUGUAGCCCAUCUAUAGAUAGUUUCGCAACAAAACUCUGUCGUGUUACAUUCCUGUUAUGGAGCGAAUCGGGUACACAGGUAUAACUACGCGUCCACCCAUCUGAUGUCGUAGCUAAACCUCGGGUGAGAUUGCCGGUGAUGAAAGACCGAUGAUAGACUCAAACUGAUGUCGAGUUGUACAGACGAUGACACGACCUGGAAAGCAAUAAUACGCGAGAAACGACAGAUUAUUUAUGGAUACGGUGUGUAACUAUAUAAUAUACUAUAGAAUUUUCAUAUCGGUGAAUGAUAGGGCGUCGGUGACACCGCAGCAUCUAUGUAUUGUGUUGAGUGUCAUUAUGCGUGUAGCUAACAAUCAAAAUACUGUUUUGUCACCAACAACACCCAGUACGCACACUGCUUACUUUCUUUAUAAUGAACAAUAAUUUACAAUGCAAGAAAUUGUAAUGGAUAAUUAAAUGCAGUUUGAUAUGAUACCUCGGUAGACAGCUACUAUUGAGUAGUCUAUUACAUGCGUGAAUGGGUAGAUUGAAUGGCAAAUACACCAUUAUCUAUCACAGAAUAUAAACGACUUCGAUUUACGGAGGAAAAUUAUUGCUAUUAUAAGAUUUUCAUCUAUUUAGGUUAUUGAUAUUUUAUUCGAUACUAGUCUGAAAGCCGGGAUAAUUAAAUUAUAGUCUAAUCAGACCAUGUCACGUGGUAUAUACACUCCAUACCCAUUCUACUUGCACUUGCACUACAUAUUCCAACUUGCACUUAUGGAGAAGUUAGUUCUAAAUAUAAAAUAUUUGCUUUUAUAAACUUUCUUUUGUCAGCCGUUCAUAUGUUAUGUAAUCUAAUUUGACUAUUUUAGAUGCAAUUGCAGAAGUAUUGUACACAGUAGUAAUAUUACAUGUUGUUAAUUGAUCAUUGGCGGGAACAUUGUUUAUAGCAUUUUCACAGUGAGCCCCAAGUCUUACUCCUGUCGUGAAAAUACAACAUACCUGACAAGUUGUCACAAUAAGUGUAUUUGUAAAUAUGUCUCUUUAUAUAUAUAUAUAAAUAUAUAUAUAUAUGUAUUAUGUACAGCUUCAUUAGUAGUAAAUUUAAUAAAUGUGAUACCCGAAUUUGUCACAGCUAAAGACCCUUACUAGACAUGAGUAAAAUAAUUGUUUCAACCUUUCAAUAAACAUCAGCCUCUAUAUUAGAAACAAUUAUAAUACUUACUACAAAAUUGCGGGACAAUCAGUUUUUGUACUUUGCGUCAACUGCUACACAGUCUAUCUAUAUUCAUACUAGUACCCCUGAAUGGCUUCCUAAAAAUUAGAGAAUGUUGGCAGCAAUGGCAAAAAUUGAACAAUUGUUCAAAUAGUUUAUUGGGUCUCUCAUAUGCAGAGCCGAUUGUAUAUGUUUUCUUAUUACAUGUGAAUUAAAAAAUCUCAAUACA